AUGACCCCUCGCCCACCCCUCCCCUCUCCCCUGGUCCCCGCAGCGCCGGCCUCUUCGCUCUUCAGGGAAGGUACGGACGGGGAUUCGGCAGCGCACCAAAUGAUAUGUUUCAUCGCCCUUAUCGCCGGAGAAGAUGGGGUUGGGCACAUGUGCGGUGUCGAUAGGUUGUGUGGAGUUGAUGAUCGACAGGGCUGGUUCGGCAGCUAG